AUGGUUCCCUCUAAAUCUCUUUCAUCUCUUCUUACCCUGCCGGCGCUUGCCUUGCUCUCGCUAUCAGCGAGUGCUUUGGCUCAUCCCCGGACGACGUCGAGCACUGCUCCUCUCAAGCUCGCCGUUAGAAUCAACUCGAAUGGGAUCAAGAACAUCGCCGCCGCAGAUCGCGCUCGAUUCCAAGCUUUACAGGCUAGCGGCAGUUCUUCCAUCAGUACAACCAAUGCUGUGACAAUAUACACCGCUGAUGUUGGUGUGGGGAGUCCAGCAACGUACUACACACUCUUGAUAGACACUGGAAGCUCAAAUACCUGGAUCGGGGCCAACAAAACUUACGAGAAGACUUCUACGAGCCGAUUCACAGGCGGUUUAUUUGGCGUUGAAUACGGCGACGGAAGUCUUGUUGCUGGAGAGGAAUACACGGACACCGUAACGCUCAACUCUGAUCUGGUCAUCGAGAAACAAUCUAUUGGUGUCGCAAUUGAUACCUCGGGGUUCAAUGGUCUGGAUGGACUUCUUGGCCUUGGGCCAGCCGACUUAACGCAGAACACCAUCAGUAAUGAAUAUGAAGUUCCAACUGUGACGGACAACCUUUAUACGCAGGGAACAAUUGGUUCGGAAGUACUCGGGGUGUUCUUCGCACCUGCUUCUUCUUCUGAUAGCAACGGCGAGCUCACAUUUGGCGGUUAUGACGCCUCCAAAAUUAAUGGAAGCAUCAACUAUGUGCCGAUCACGUCAACAUUCCCAGCGAGUGGAUUUUGGGGUAUUGAUCAAUCCAUUGCCUAUGGGACUACGUCCAUCUUGACCGAGACCGCUGGUAUCGUUGACACCGGAACCACUCUCAUUCUCAUUGCCACUGAUGCCUUCCGUGAAUAUCAGUCUGCGACGGGAGGAACCCCCGAUGAGGCCACCGGCUUAUUAAAAAUCUCACUCGACCAAUACAAGCAGCUCUCAUCCCUCCAUUUCACUAUUGGUGGUGUUAUUUAUGAGCUAACCCCGAAUGGGCAAAUCUGGCCUCGGUCGUUGAACACCGACAUUGGCGGUACCACCGACGGCAUAUAUCUGGUCGUUGCUGACAUAGGAAGUAACUCUGGUUCCGGCUUGGACUUUAUCAACGGCUACUGUUUCCUAGAGCGUUUUUAUUCGGUGUACGACACGACGAACUCCCAAGUCGGCUUCGCCACGACCGAGUAUACCUAUGCCACGUCAAAUUAACUUCCCUCGAAAGAUCACGGUUCUACUAGUACUAGUAUCAGCAUAUUUCCCUGACGUACGUUACUUGAAUUUCUUGUUGAUGAUGUUGAGGCGCAUGAAUGAGAGCAGUGGCGCUAUGAUAGGACUGGCCAGACUCUGGUGAUAGGUUUCU